CUUUCUCAAAGUUUCAAACUAUUACAAAAAUACAUGCAAACUUAUUAAACUCAUCUCUUCUUCCUGCUCCUUUCCUUUCUUCCUUUUGCUUCUCAUCUAUAUCUAUACAAAAACAUCUUCACAACCCUAUGAUCACCUCAUUCUCACUUUUAUAUCACAUUCUUUGUAGCCCUCUAGUGUUUCUUUCUUGCCUGACAUUUUUUACAGGAGUCAUGAUGAUGGUUUGGUCACCAUGGUCUCUGGCUGCAACAGCUUCGAGUCCAAAGUUUCGGGUCAGGGUUCGGAUAUUGAAGCUAGAAGGCCUCGAGGAUGAGUUUUGGAGGGAGAAAAUGAUGAUGGUUGGAGUUAACUGGAGAGGAGAAGGGAAAUUUGUGCUGCCAUUUUCGUCGAGAAGUAGGAGACAUAAAGAGUUUUCCAGUGAGAGGAUUCUGAAGAUGGGAAGAUCUUGGCUUGAAUGGGAUGAUGAAGAGUUCGAGAAUUCGACACCGAUUAGUCAGGGUCACAAGUGGGAUGUAUCAUUCAGCAUCUUAUAUAGGGAUGCUAAAGGGAAAAUGGUUGUCGCUGGAAAAGGAUGCUUAAACUUAGCAAAAUCAGCUUCAGAGCAGGAGUUUCCAAUAGAAAGGAAGAUACCUAUCAAUUUAAGAGCAGCAGAAUCUCCCAGAGAGGCUACCCUUUCGGUCUUAGUCAGCUUCGCCGAGAUAAGACACACUCAAGAUGCAAGAGAAUUAAUAGCACCCAAGAUACCCCGGUUCAGCGAGGAGGUUAUCAAUGGAAGAGGACAAACUAGACUGACAAAUCAACAAAACACGAGGAGAGCUCAGUCUGCUAGGUUUGACUCGGAGAGCUUAGGAUCACGACUGUCAUUACCUGGUUCAGGGCCUCAACUCGACCAAGCUAAGAAGGUACCAUUGUUCUCAUGGAAAAGGCUAAAAUCUAAAGUAGAGAGGCUGAGUGAUAACAAACUAGGUAAAGAUGGUGAUAGGAUUCAAGUCGACCAACAGCUCACCUCCUCGUCUACAGAGGAGAACGCAGAUGACAAUGGACAUUUCAAACAAGAGUUCCAAAGCCAAACUCUUUCAGCAGGCAAGUGGCAUGAAAUGGACCUUGUUAGCAGAGAUGGGCAGACAAAGCUGGUGGUACAAGUGUUCCUGGCUUCUUUUGAUCAAUGUAGCUGUAAAGCUGCAGGAGAGAGUGCAUGCACAACUCUAGUAGCUGUCAUUUCCCACUGGCUUUUCUCAAACCAUGAUAGAAUGCCAACAGGAACUGAAUUUGAUAGUCUCAUUAUUGAUGGUUCUUCUGAAUGGAGGAAGCUCUGUGACAAUGAGCCAAUUGUAAACAACUUCCCAGAUAAACAUUUUGAUCUUGAAACCGUUUUAGAGACCGGCAUUCGUCCUGUCCUUAUAUCACAAGAGAAAUCUUUUGUUGGAUUUUUCAGUCCUGAAAAGUUUGAGUCCUUGAAAGGAGCCAUGUCCUUUGAUGAGAUAUGGAAUGAGAUUGGCAAAACGGAAGAAGAGAAUCAGCCAAGGACUUAUAUAGUAAGUUGGAAGGAUCAUUUCUUUGUGUUUAAAGCAGACAAUGAAGCCUACUACAUCAUUGACACAUUAGGAGAGAGGCUAUAUGAAGGUUGCAAGCAAGCAUUCAUAUUAAAGUUUGAUAAGUCAACAUUAAUGCUUGGGAGAACGGGAAAAGAAAAUGUUCAUACUGAAGAAAUCACCACAUGCACAGAUAAUUUUGAUAGCAAUGACGGUGAUGAGGUUAUAUGCAAAGGAAAAGACUGUUGUCGGGAGUUUAUCAAAAUAUUUCUUGCUGCUAUACCUUUAAGAGAACUUGAACUGGAAGAGGAAAAAGAGACAGUUUCUUAUUAUUCCCUCCAUCAGCGUUUGCAGAUAGAGUUCAACUUCAUUACCUUGUCUUCACUAUCAUCACCGUCACUCUCGUCCCAGUCUUCCGAUGCUACUGUUUCGGCAUCUUCUUUAUUUUCAAAUAAGAACGAUUCUGAGUAGUGUACAAUUGUGCAUUUUUUCUGUUCCUUGUACAGGAAAAUUUUGGAAGAUUAGCAGCAAUAGUUUUCUGUUUGCAGACGUGAUGGAAGAUAUCUACUAAUAUGCGACUGUAAAUAUUACCCUGAGUACAUGACCUCAUGGCUCUGCAGAAGUAGUAGCAAAAAUAUUUGUCAGAUUAUAUUAAUCAAACAGCAAUAUAUAGUAAACAUUAUGCAA